UCUCUGAGGUCUUAAGACAAAACUUCAUUGUUUGUUAAUUAGUAUAGAAAAGAAAAAGUUAAAUAUACUGUUCUUCUGUGUUGCAUAGAUCUAAAGUGUGCAAAUAUUGAAAAAUAUUCUCCUGAGCAAAAAGUAGUAUUUCAAACUCUCCUCCCUAGGCAAGAAUUUCGUGCUACCCACGUUUUCCUGUUUUCGCUUGAUUGACCUAAGACUUUUACUUUAACUUUCUCUUUGGAUAAUACGAGAUGGCGGGGCGUUCUCCAAACCUUAAGGCAAUUUUCAAUUACGUGGACGAGCAUCAGGAUCUUUAUGUGCAAAGGCUCAGUGAUGCUGUUGCAAUUCAAAGUGUCUCAGGAUGGACAUAUCCUCCAUACAGAGAUAAUAUUGUCAGGAUGAUCAACCAAGUGAAAGACGAACUGAUAAGUCUUGGAGGUGAGGUUGAGUUAGCGGACCUCGGCAUGCAGCAUGGUGCCAACAUUCCAUUGCCACCAGUACUAUUGGGAAUACUUGGAAAGGAUCCUGCCAAGAAAACACUCUGUGUUUAUGGGCAUCUUGAUGUUCAACCAGCAAAAUUGGAAGAUGGAUGGGACACAGAUCCUUUUACCUUGACAGAAAUUGAUGGGAAGCUUUAUGGUCGUGGAUCCACUGAUGAUAAGGGUCCAGUGCUUGCAUGGCUGAAUGCUAUUGAAGCAUACCAGAAGACUGGUAAUGAGUUGCCAAUCAAUUUAAGGUUUGUGUUUGAAGGAAUGGAAGAAUCAGGCAGUGAGGGUCUGGAUAAGCUGAUCAACGACAAGAAGGACACCUUCUUCAAGCCUGUUGAUUAUGUUUGUAUCUCUGACAACUACUGGUUGGGAAAAAGGAAGCCAUGUAUCACUUAUGGAUUGAGAGGCAUCUGUUACUUUUUUGUGGAGGUCAGUUGUGCAUCAAAAGAUCUGCAUUCUGGAGUCUUUGGUGGAACAGUACACGAGGCUAUGACGGAUCUGAUUUAUCUCCUGAACAACUUGGUGGACCUUAAGGGGAACAUCUUGAUUCCUGGGAUCAACGACAAAGUCUUGCCCUUAACUGACGAUGAAAGAGCAACUUAUACAGAUAUUGACUUUGACAAGGAGGAGUAUCGUCAGGACCUUGGUCAUAAAAAACUUAUUCAUAACUCCAAGGAGGAAGUGUUGAUGCGUCGUUGGCGUUACCCUUCCCUGUCUAUUCACGGCAUCGAAGGAGCCUUUUACGAGCCUGGCUCAAAGACAGUUAUUCCCAGAAAGGUGAUUGGCAAGUUCUCCAUCCGUUUGGUGCCUGAUAUGACGCCAGAAGAGGUGGACGAGACUGUGUGCAACUACAUCAAGAAACUUCAUGAGCAAAGAGGAAGUCCAAACCCACUGUCGGUCAGCGUUCAUCAUUGUGGUCCACCAUGGGUUAGUGACAUCAAUCAUGUCAAUUAUCAAGCGGCUAGAAGAGCGUUGAAAACUGUUCAUGGUGUUGAUCCGGAUUUGACUCGUGACGGGUGUAGUAUUCCUGUGACCUUGGCUCUACAGGACGCCUUGCAAAAGAACAUCGUACUUCUACCGAUAGGCGCAUGUGAUGAUGGCGCGCACUCCCAGAACGAGAAAAUAAACAUCACCAACUACAUCCAAGGAACUAAAGCCCUAGCCGCGUAUUUGGAAGAACUUGGUCAUGUUAAAGAGUGAUAUCAAGGCUUGGCGUGGAGCGCAAGCUAAUUCACCUGUCGAAUAUAUGUUGUACAGUGAUUUUUCAACACUUUGAUACUAAAUUACUUUACAGCGAUCUUUGAUACUUUAACAACUCCCGUAAGUGAUCAAGACAGAAUUUUGUUCAGACAAUAUCAACACAACAUCGAGAAGAUAAGUGAUAAGAAUGAAGGAAAAUAUCAAUUAAAGGACUGUUAGUUGAUCAAAUACCAGAUUGUGCGCACUAGCAUCAUCUGAAUGUAAGCGGUAAGGAGAAUUAUUAAUGACAUCUUGGGAAUGAAAGGGUUGACGGGAUUUUAUCUUGCUUCACGAUCUCAUCACGCAUAACGAAAGUUGAUCACAUAUAACACGCGAUCAUAACUGCGUUUGCGUUUAAUGAGAUCCUCUGACGCUUAUCUCAUUUCAUCACUAAUAUUUCAUCACUCAUUCUGUCUGGUUGGUCUAUUUUUAUGUUCCGUAUUAUUUAGCGUUGACUACAUAUCAUGUUAGCCAUAUAAUUAUUACUUUCACAAAUGCUUAUAAUUU